UCCCUAACAUGAAAAGUUGUUUUAUUUAUAAAAGGUUUUCUUAUCACAAAAGUUAAACCUGCCGUAGUCACCAUACUGCGUUGUAGUGUCACCCAAACUAAUUGUUUAAUAGUCACGAAAUCCGAAAUCUGAUAGAUCCAGCCUGCUCUUCUCCUUGUUGAAACCUCUUUGCGCUUAAGAUUUAUAAACAAUAUAAGAAACUUUGUCUCUGAAAACACAGCUGCAUGUGGACCGUUGACGUGUCCAGGUGAACCCUGACUUUCACCUGGAUAGAGCUGGAACCGACUCCAGCGGCCAGCGGGCCCCUGAGACCCCGAACAGGUAGAAGCAGGUGGCAGUCAUCUCCUUAUAUUCUGGUUUCCCAACUGUAAUUGAAGACAGAAGAAGAAAGUCCCUGGUGCUGGUGGACGCUCAAGUGGUGCCACGAAGAUAAGUGAAGUUGGCUGAGUUGCUGAAACACACAGAAGUUUGGGACAUGGCUUGUACAUCGGUGUCUGCUGUAGAAUAUGUCAAAAAUGCCAGAGUCCUGCUUGUGGGCGGAUUAAGGAGUCUCUCUGUGAUUGUGGAGAACUUGUAUCAACAAAGAGUGUUGAGUGAUGAAGAAGUCAGCAAGAUAAACGCAGAGAAAGAUGACUAUGACAAAACCAGAAAAAUACUGGACUUGGUCACAAAUAAAGGGGAAGCUGCCACCUACGAGUUUCUCAAGAUUAUUGACAUCACCAGGAAGAGGACUUUACCACCUCUUCUUUCCAAGAACAAACCUGAUUCUUCCAGUGAGACGGAGAAGUCUGUCCUUCACCAGUGGAUCAGCUCCUUUCCUUUCAAGGCUGACAGGCUAGCAGAUGAAAAGUAUUUCAAAGGAGCAAAGCCGUGCCACAAAUAUCAAAGAAAACUCAAAGAGAAAGCACAAAAAAUAUCAAAAAAGUUUUGGAGUGGAAAUAAAGAUGUGUUUGGAGGAAACAAGAAACCUGACUUGUCGUACACGUCACUUGUAUUAGACAAAGAAGAGUGUGAGGAACCAUUGAAAAUAAAGAGAUUUAAGAGCAAGGAAAGCAAGAUGCGUCGUCCUAAGAAGCUAAAGACGUACAUCCCUGAGAACAAAGGAGAAAUGUCCCCCUGUGUCCUGCUGAAAACACAUAAAAACAUCCUUUUGGUUGGGAAGCCUGGAAUUGGAAAGACGGCAGUGAUUUGUGAAAUGUUGAGACUCUGGGCUGAAAGUGAAAACGAGGAGCUGGAUUACAUGUUUUACUUUGACAUGAGGGAGGUGACUCAGAUGAAGAUCAUGACCUUGGAGGAUCUUCUUUUCAAUGCGUACAUUAAACCUGACGAAGGCAAAGAUGAGGUGUUACAGGACAUAGAGAAGAUCUCUGAUAAUGUUACGGUUAUGUUGGAUGGAGUCACAGAUCUGUCUUCACCGGUGCUGAAGAAGCUUUUGGAGGGAGACCUACUACCUGGUGCAAAGAUCAUCAUAACAUGCAGACCAGACGAUGAGGAGGACACGGGUCUUGAUGAUCCUCUCCGAGUGGAAGUGAAAGGUUUUAGUGAGCAGGCCAUAAAUGCAUACCUAUCUGCAACACUGGCAGAUGAACACAAGACAGUUCUGAGCAAUGUGGAGUUGUUAACUCUUUGUCACGUGCCCAUGUACGCUCUGAUGGUGGCUGCCUCUUGCUCAUCAGGAGUCUCUCCACAGCCAAGGACCGUUACUGAAGUAUACAUUCAUAUUGUCCGUUUUUGUCUUCAGAGGAACAGGAAAAAAAAAAAAAGCAAUACGCAUCUGAACAACUUCAUCAAAACUAAGAGUGAGGGAAUUCUCUCUUUAGCUAAGGUUGCUUUUCUUGCAACUCAGGGAAAGAAUGUGAACCUGGAAGAUGUUUCCUCCGGAGACAGCUGUGUCCUCUCCUUCCUAAAACCUCUCAUUGUGAGAGUGAGUCCUACUAAAACACUUGUUAAAUAUGCUUUCCUUCAUUACACUGUGCAGGAGUUUUUUGCAGCACUUUGGCUCUUGAAGAAUCCUGAUCAAAUCAAGAACAUUAUUCAGCAGAGACCCAAUGAUGAGAUGAAACACAUGACACAUCUGAUCCCUUUCAUAUGCCGGUUGUUGAACGAGGAGAACCCUAGUUUGAUAAGCUGUCUGAUUCCAGCUCAGGAGCUCCAGAACACACGCACGUGGUUUUUCAAGGAGAUUAUUGCUUCAUUUUCCCCUGAUGACGUCUUGUUCCUGUGUCAGUGCUUGUAUGAGUCCCAGCUUCCUGAAGCAUGCAUCGACCUCCUGGACAAACUGGACUACUGUCUUGACCUGAGUGAUCAGAAUCUGGAUCCUUAUCAUUGCUGUGCCGUGGCCUAUGUCAUCAGUCAGUCGAAGAAAAAGAAAAUACAGCUGCAACUUGAGGAUGUGGUGGUAUCAGAACAAGGGAUGGAGCAACUCCUGAGAUGUCUUAAAAAUGUCCACAGGUGUGAACCACUGUCACAGCAGCUGUGGAAGAUUUUCCUCCAAAGCGACAGGCAGAUGGACCCCGCCCGCUUACUGAGCCUCGACAGAAACCAGCUGCACCUUCCAGUCCACGGUGAAAGACGGCUGUUUGGAAGAGCUGUGGAAGUCAUAAAUAAGAUGCCUGCAAAGGUAAAAGUCUGCCUCUACGGGGAAGAAGAAGCUACAGUCUGCCAGUGUCUCUGUGAGUCUCUCUUUCCGGCUCUGCCAAACAUCAGCUCACUCAGUGUUUUGCUUCAGUCCUCCAAACCUUUGGAGGAAAUCAGGAUUUUGGGGAAUUUGUUCUGUGCAGCAGCAGAGAGAGAACAGCAGACAGGAGAGAAGAUCCUGCAGCAGUUAUCAUCAGUGUGCAGAUACAGAGAGGGCCUUCUUCAAGAAAAGCGCUGUGAUUUCCUGCUGGAUCUCUACGAGUACAUGACUACAACAUCCUCUAGUGUUCCUCCAUCACUACUUCCAGUUUUACAGUCAGGUCCUGCAGUCUGGAGCAUAAACCUCUCAAAGAGAAAGACCUCCAUCCUCCUGGAAGUUCUGAAACUCCAACCAGAGAAGAAACAAGUGAUGCUGACAGGCUGGACACAAGAAGACGUGGACAUGAGGAACCUCCUACAAUGUCUUCCUUUGAUCUCAGAGCUCAGUUUGGAUCCUUGGAGCUCAGAUCUUCAUGGAGGAAUCAGGUUUUUGGGGAAUCUGUUCUGUGCAGCAGCAGAGAGAGAACAGCAGACAGGAGAGAAGAUCCUGCAGCAGUUAUCAUCAGUGUGCAGAUAUAGAUCAUUCAUUUUUAGUACAGGAUACAAGGCUGGUGGUUAUGACAUGCUUGACUGUGAUUUGCCGCUGGAUCUCUACACCCACAUGAAGGACUAUGAAACUAAAACAGGAUUCAGAGUUCUUCCAUCAUUACGGACAGUUUUCCAGUCAGCUCCUGCAGUCUGGGUCAUAAACCUCUCAGAGAGAAAGACCUCCAUCCUCCUGGAAGUGUUGAAACUCCAAUCAGAGAAGAAACCAGUGGAGCUGAGAGGCUGCUCACAUGAAGACGGUGAAGUCAGGAGUUUUCUACAGUGUCUUCCGUAUAUCUCACAGCUCAGUUUGUAUCCUGACCAGUCAAAUCUUCAUGAAGAAAUCAGGUUUUUGGGGAAUCUGUUCUGUGCAGCAGCAGAGAGAGAACAGCAGACAGGAGAGAAGAUCCUGCAGCAGUUAUCAUCAGUGUGCAGAUAUGAAACAUUCCCUUUUAGUGAAGGAAACGAGGAUCAGUAUGAUGUCCUGCUGGAUCUGUACACCCACAUGAAGGACUGUGAAACUCAAACAGGAUUCAGAGUUCUUCCAUCAUUCCAGUCAGUUUUUCAGUCAGCUCCUGCAGUCUGGAUCAUAAACCUCUCAAAGAGAAAGACCUCCAUCCUCCUGGAAGUGUUGAAACUCCAAUCAGAGAAGAAACCAGUGGAGCUGACAGGCUGCUCACAUGAAGAUGGGGAAGUGAGGAGUUUUCUACAGUGUCUUCCGUAUAUCUCACAGCUCAGUUUGGAUUCUGACGGGUCAGAUCUUCAUGACAGAAUCAGGUUUUUGGGGAAUCUGUUCUGUGCAGCAGCAGAGAGAGAACAGCAGACAGGAGAGAAGAUCCUGCAGCAGUUAUCAUCAGUGUGCAGAUAUGAAACAUUCCCUUUUGAAGGAUACGUGCAUGAGGAACAACAGUGUGAUGUCCUGCUGGAUCUGUACACCCACAUGAAGGACUGUGAAACCCAAACAGGAUUCAGAGUUCUUCCAUCAUUACGGUCAGUUUUCCAGUCAGCUCCUGCAGUCUGGAUCAUAGACCUCUCAAAGAGAAAGACCUCCAUCCUCCUGGAAGCGUUGAAACUCCAAUCAGAGAAGAAACCAGUGGAGCUGACAGGCUGCUCACAUGAAGAAGGUGAAGUGAGGAGUUUUCUACAGUGUCUGCCGUAUAUCUCACAGCUCAGUUUGGAUGGUUGGAGGUCAGAUCAUCAUGAAGGAAUCAAGUUUUUGGGGAAUCUGUUCUGUGCAGCAGCAGAGAGAGAACAGCAGACAGGAGAGAAGAUCCUGCAGCAGUUAUCAUCAGUGUGCAGAUAUGAAACAUUCCCUUGUAAUAAAAGAUAUGUAGAUGGGAAACAUCGCUGUGAUCUCCUGCUGGAUCUGUACAUCCACGUGAAGGAAACUAAAACAGGAUUCAGAGUUUUUCCAUCAUUACGGUCAGUUUUCCAGUCAGCUCCUGCAGUCUGGAUCAUAAACCUCUCAGAGAGAAAGACCUCCAUCCUCCUGGAAGUGUUGAAACUCCAAUCAGAGAAGAAACCAGUGAAGCUGACAGGCUGCUCACAUGAAGACGGUGAAGUCAGGAGUUUUCUACAGUGUCUGCCGUAUAUCUCAAAACUCAGACUGAGUGAAGAGAAUUUCCAGCAGGUUCUGGACCUCCUGCUUGAGAUCCCGGACCAGGAAUUGAUGUUGUCCAGGAGUAGGUUUGAUGUAGACCUGACCUGGUGUCGCCUGACCUGGGAUCUUCUUCACCAUCUGCUGCAGAAGUCGUCAUCUCAGACCGUCAUUGUGGAUUUGAAGACGAACCGCUUCUUACAGCAGAACCAUGGACGUCUGGUGCCAUUUUUGGACCAGAUUGUGUUCAAAAGGCCUGGUCCCGUCUUCACGAGGACCUUCAUCAGAGAACUCUACAGAGCUCGUGCUCGUCACAUGAUACCCAGUUUGCUGAGGUCGUUGGAUCAUGUGAUCAGUCUGAGUUGCACAGAGCUGGACUUGUUGGACUGUGAUGGUCUGCUCUUCAUCCUGCAACACAGUGAUGUUGUUAAACUGAACCUGAUGUGGGCCUCCAUCCCAACAGAGAGAACCGAGUCCAUCUUCCUCAGACUGGACCGGGUUUCUCAUCUCAGUGUGGACAGGAACCAGCUGCUGGGGUUCAUCCGCUGCUGCGCUGCCUCUUCCAGCCAGCAGGAGGCAGCAUCAGGUCUGCUGAGGACUCUGCAGCACAAGCUGGAUCUGUCCUGGUCGUCCUGUGUGGCGCUAUCAGAGGACGAUCAGGCCGAGCCUUUACGUCUGACUGAUGGAGACUGCAGGGCCAUCUCUACCAUCCUUAGAUGCAGCACCCAGGACACACAGCUCCUCCUGAGCGACUGGCAGGUGAAGGACAGCGGCUUGGACCUGCUGUUCCCCGUCCUGGACAGGGUCCGUCUCAGUGUCAGUAAGCCUCUGCUCCUCCAGCUGCUGUCCCUGGUUCCUGUGAACAGAGAGACGGACACGGAGAGACGGGCGGAGUUCCUGAGCAGAUCUCUGGGUGGAGAGCUGGAUCUGAGUCACAGCACACUGGAUCAGCGGCUCUGUGCAGUUCUGAACCAGAUGCUGGACAUCUGUGAAGACCUGACAGAGCUGGACCUCAGUCACUGUCAGCUCACAGACCAUCUGCUGUCCCUGCUCAUCACCCAGCUGCACAAAGUCCACGUCCUGGAUCUGAGUCAUAAUCUGAUCUCUGAUGCUUCCACUGAUGUGCUGCUGCGGCUCGUCUCCAUCAACCCCUCCAUCAGCUCUGUGAGACUCUUCAACAACAACAUCACAAACACGACGGCCUUUAAGAGACACCAGCAGUUUGAAAUCUGGUGAAGCAUCCGCCACUCAAGGGUCCUGUCACCACCAGCCCUUAAAACCCGUCUCCUUGACGACAUCCAUCCAUCUUCUACACCUGCUUCCUCCUACUCAGGGUCUCAGGGGUCUGCUGGAGUCUGUUCCAGCUCUCCUCAGGGUUUAUCCAGACACGUCCGUCUCAGGGCUUCGUGACGACAUACCUCUCGUUUCUGAGCUGCUCCUGUCAUGGAGAUCAUGAUGAUGUCACUGUAAUGAGUUUAUUUGAACCUUUUAUUCUCUUGUGAUCAAAGAUGUUAGUGGUGUUGGGAUGUUUCAGCUCAGUUGUGGAUCAAUGAUCCAGGAAACAGCGCCAGCUGGAUCCAGUGAGGGCAUUCAUUUGUACUAUAUAUGUAUAAGUUUCCUUUGAAGAGUCUUGAAAAUAAACAACUUUGGAC